AGUUGUCGAGCGAUUCUUGGCGUCUGGACCGUGGCAGGAGAGCCAGGGAGCUGACAUGGAGCGGCCGGAGCCGGAUGCGGUCUCUGACGACGCCAUGGACUCGUUCCUGGAAAAGUUCCAGAGCCAGCCCUACCGCGGCGGGUUCCACGAGGACCAGUGGGAGGAGGAAUUUGAAAAGAUCCCCCUAUUUAUGAAGAAAGCACCAUCAGAAAUUGAUCCUCAGGAGAAUCCUGACUUGGCUUGCCUCCAGUCAAUUAUUUUUGAUGAAGAACGAUCUCCAGAAGAACAGGCCAGGACCUUUAAAGACGAGGGCAAUGAUUACUUUAAAGAAAAAGACUAUAAGAAAGCUGUGAUUUCGUACACUGAAGGAUUAAAGAAGAAAUGUGCAGACCCUGAUUUGAAUGCUGUUCUUUAUUCCAACCGGGCAGCAGCACAGUACUAUCUGGGCAAUUUUCGUUCUGCUCUCAAUGAUGUGACAGCUGCCAGAAAGCUAAAACCCUGCCACCUGAAAGCAAUAGUAAGAGGUGCCUUAUGCCAUCUGGAACUGAAAAACUAUGUCGAGGCUGUGAACUGGUGCGAUGAGGGGCUGCAGAUAGAUGCCACAGAGAAGAAGCUUCUGGAAAUGAGGGCUAAAGCAGACAAGUUGAAGCGAACUGAACAGAGGGAUAUAAGGAAAGCAAAGUUGAAAGAAAAGAAGGAGCAGAAUCAGAAUGAGGCUUUACUCCAGGCCAUCAUGGCUAGGAACAUCAGGCUAGUGUCUGAAGCUGCUGAAGAGGAUGAAGAUUUAGCCUCAGAAGGUCUUGGUGAGCUCAUCCUGAACGGGCUCACUUCUGAGAACCUCUACGGAGCCAGGCUGAGUGUAGAUGAUGGGGGAAGACUGAGCUGGCCUGUGCUCUUUCUGUACCCAGAGUAUGCCCAGUCAGACUUCAUCUCUGCUUUUCACGAGGACUCCAGGUUUAUUGAUCAUCUAAUGGUGAUGUUUGGUGAAACGCCCUCUUGGGAUUUAGAGCAGAAAUACUGCCCUGAUAAUUUAGAGGUAAGAGAAGUUUUAUUUUGUUCCUCUAUGGGAAUUGGGGUGGGGAGGAACAGGGAGUGCAGUGAGGUUUCACUGCCUUUUUAAAAAAAAUUGUGGUAAAAUAUAAAAAACAUAAAAUUUACCAUUUUAACCAUUUUAAGUGCACAGUUCAGUAGUGUUAAGUACAUUCACAUUGUUGUACAACCAUCACCACCAUCUGUCUCCGUUUUCAUCAUCCUAAACUGAAACUCCAUG